AUGGCUAAAAAAUACCAAGGAAAAGCUAUUGGAAUAGACCUCGGAACAACGAAUUCAUGUGUUGCUGUGUGGCUAGAUGAACACAACAGAGUUGAGAUUAUUCACAAUGAUCAAGGCAGCAAAACAACACCUUCUUUUGUUGCUUUCACCGAUUAUCAAAGGUUGAUUGGUGAUGCUGCUAAGAAUCAAACUGCGUCCAACCCCCAAAACACUGUCUUUGAUGCUAAGAGGUUAAUUGGUAGGAAGUUUAGUGAUUCUGUUGUUCAAAAUGAUAUGAUGGUGUGGCCAUUCAAGGUUGUUUCCGGAGUUGAUGACAAACCGAUGAUAUCUGUUAAGUACAAGGGACAAGAGAAACACCUAUGUGCCGAAGAAAUUUCAUCUAUGAUUCUAACAAGGAUGCGCGAGAUUGCAGAGACUUUUUUGGAAUCACCUGUCACAAAUGCAGUUAUUACUGUGCCUGCUUAUUUCAAUGAUUAUCAGCGGAAAGCCACCAUAGAUGCCGGUGCCAUUGCUGGUCUUAAUGUUAUGAAGAUAAUCAACGAACCCACUGCGGCAGCUAUUGCAUAUGGACUGGACAAAAGAAUUAACUGUGUGGGAAGAAAACGAAAUAUUUUCAUCUUUGACCUGGGUGGUGGGACUUUUGAUGUGUCUAUCGUUACGAUUAAGGAUGAAGUGAUUCAUUCGAAAAAAACAAUUAAGGAUACAGUCUUGGAUUUAUUAAAAAAUAAAAAGGAUAAGGUCAUCCAAGUGAAGGCCACCGCCGGAAACACUCACCUCGGGGGAGAGGACUUUGACAGUAGGAUGGUGAACUACUUUGCAAGGGAGUUUAAGAAGAAGACUAAUGUGGACAUUACCAGAAACCCAAGAGCUUUAAGGAGGUUGAGAAGAGAGUGCGAGAGAGCAAAAAGGACACUAUCUUUUGCUCUUGUCGCCAACAUUGAGAUAGAUUCUUUAUUUGAGGACAUUGAUUUCUUUUCAUCAAUCACUCGUUCUAUGUUUGAGGAAAUCAAUAUGGAUCUUUUCAACGAGUGCUUGAAAAUUGUCGAGACUUGUCUCAUUGAUGCCAAGAUGGACAAGAGUGAUAUACAUCAUGUUGUUCUUGUUGGCGGCUCCUCUAGAAUUCCAAAACUACAACAACUCCUCCAGGAAUUUUUUGCAGGGAAGGAUCUGUGUAAGAGCAUUAACCCCGAUGAAGCUGUUGCUUAUGGUGCAGCUGUGCAGGCUGCUUUGUUGAGCGGAGGCUUUAAAAAUGUACCAAACUUGGUUAUACAAGACGUUACACCUUUGUCUCUCGGUAUCUCUCUUAAAGGUCAUAUCAUGGGUGUUGCAAUUCCUAGGAACACUAGCAUUCCCAUAAAAAUAACAAAACGUUGUGAGACAGUUUAUGAUAACCUAGAUGCUGUUGGUAUUGAGGUUUAUGAGGGUGAGAGAGCAAGAGCAAGUGACAACAAUCUGCUUGGUUCUUUUGUUCUUUCCGGCCUCCCACGUGCUCCUCGAGGUCACCCUAUAGAUGUAUGCUUUGACAUUGAUGAAAAUGGUAUCUUAACUGUUUCUGCUUAUGUAAAAUCAACUGGCAGUAAAAACAAGAUUACAAUAACUAAUAACAAAGAAAGAUUGUCAUCAUCUCAAGAAAUUAAAGAAAAGAUCAGAGAAGCUGAAAAGUACCGCGUUGAAGAUGAGAAAUUUCUAAGGAGGGCCAAGCUAAUGAAUAAAUUAGAUGACUGCGUUUACAAGUUGAGGAAUGCUCUCUCUUCUCAAAAAGACGAUAAGAUUGCCUCUGCAAUUAAGAAGGUCACAAAUUUGCUUGGCGGUAAGCAGCAGAGUGAAAUACAUGUUCUUGAAAAUCAUCUGAAGGAGCUCGAGAGUAUAGUACAACAAAUUAUAAGAAAAUCUGUCUAG